AUGGCAGCUCAAAAGCUUUAUCCACGAGGAACAGUCAAGCGCAUUGUCAAAGCCCACUCCAAUCGGAAUAUGAGCAAGAAUGCCGACAUCCUGAUAUUCUUAGACUAUAUGCUAUUCAUGCAAGAGUUAAUGCGUGAGGCAUCUAUUCGGUCUCGCAAGUCUGGAGAGAAGCAUAUCUCAGCUAAUACUGUGCGCAAAGUUACCGAGGUGCGUCAUUUGAGAAAACACUGCGCAGAUUCCAGGGAUAGAAAAGCCUGCCACAGAAUCCUGGUUUGUUAUCAUGGUCAAAAGCCGUUGAGUAUGGAUAUGAAAGGUGAAUGA